AUGGCUGACAUUCUUCCAACCCUUCUGGGCUUCCCGCCGGAUGAGAAGAAGCUCACCCACAAGCAGUACGACAGCCAGGCCAACACAUAUCUGAGGGAGCUCAGCAAAAUCUCGAGUUCAGCAUGGAGCAAGACGGUCGAUAAGAAAGGCCUUCUGGAAUUGCUGGACCCCACCACCAAUUCCAUCGCAUACCUCGUCACCCUCAACCGGCAAAUAGAAGCUACCAGCAACAAGAAUACAGAGCGCCUCGAGCAUUUGUUCGCACUUGCACAGGUCUUCCUCACCACCUGCGAUCCAGUACAGAUCCGAUACGUGGGCGAGGAAUGGCGGACCCUGUUCGAGUUCGUUUGCAAAGGCAUCGAGGGUUCCCAGUCUACCGAUUGCGGUGCUCUUGUUGGCGGUCUCUUACGGCUUGACCCUACGGCAGGCACAUUCACACCCAACCACCUCCGGGUGCUGCGCUUGUGCAUUCGAGCUCGUGUUCCCAGCCAAGCACUUCCGAUCCUAGACAACGACAUCUACGCCUACCCGUCGAAAGCUGUUAAGAACCUGCCGGAAGACUACCUCAGCGAAGCCCACGAGCUCAGUAACCCGUACAUAACCGAAAAGUCUGGCUUUUCUAUCAAGAUCCUGCCCGAAUACGUCCUCGAGUACUACCUUCUCGGCGCCCAUGUCUACAUUGGCCUCCGCAACUUCAACCGAACUCGCCUCUUCCUCGAAACCGUCAUCCUGUCACCAUCCCCAGCGAAAGCCUGCAGCGGACUGCAGGUAGAGGCGUACAAGAAAUGGGUGUUGAUAGGACUACUGUCCGAAGGAAAGGGAUUCCCGCUACCGAAGACAGCGGACGCGGCUGUCAUGAAGAGCAUCAGGAAUUUGGCGAAGCCAUAUGAAGCGCUGGCUGAUGACUUCGAUAAGAGGGACUACAAGAAGUUCAUUGCUGAGGCGGACGCGGGAGAAGUCGUCUGGUCAGAGGACGGCAACCAGCGUUUGAUCAAGGAAGUUGCCGACGCCUUGAUGCGAUAUCGCGUCACGGACUUGCAGAAGACGUAUGCUGCACUACCAGUCACCCGUGUGGCAGAUCAAAUUGGUCUGUCAGCGAACGACACCAUGCAGCUGCUCCAGAGCAUGAUCCAGAUGGGCUAUCUCAAGGCGAGCAUAUCAAGUGGGUCAGAUGCAGUCUUGUGCUUCCACUCCACCGACACGUCAUCGACAUCAAUCGCUGCCAAGGAUCUCGAGGACCAGACCGAGCGUAUUCAGAAUCUGGUGACGUUCAUCCGCGACGCUGAUCGGCGACUUCAGCUAUCAAAGGAGUACGUUGAGCAUCAGAAGCGGAUGAAGAAGGCGGGAGGACCGGACGGGGAUAUCGCGGAUGCCAUGGAUCUUUCGUGGGAUCCACCGGUGUCUUUGGACGAUGGGGAUGAGGACAUCAUGGGUGCCUAG